AUGGACGUGAAAACAUUGUCGUGGGUUCUACUAUUGGUGGCUUUCCUCCAUUCUGUGGAUUAUGUUUCCCCUUCGAAGCUCUUGAAGCUGGCAGCCGUCGCAGCUAUACUCAGAGGAGGCCCGACGAUACCGAUUCCGAUCAGAUACCCAGUGCACGUGCCUCAAUCAAAAGUAAUCAAAGUUCCGGUGCAUCAGCCCGUGCCGGUCAAAGUACCCAUCCACCAUCACUCGCACUCAGUGAGCAAAGUCCCCGUGCCCGUACACUCACAUAGCCAUUCGGAAAACCACAUCCCCGAGCCGGUACAUCUCCACUCGGAGCCUGUUCCGCUGCAUCAGGGCGGUCACGGAGGACACGGCGGUCAUGGCGGGGCGUACGGAGGCGCUGUCGGUGGCAACGGAUGGUACGGCGGAGGGUAUGGAGCGGUGCAUGAGAUCGCUCACAGUCACGACGAUCAUGGUCACGCAACCGAAGGCAGCUACGGCGGAUAUCAUGGAGUCCAGGACCACGGCGACACUUCGCAAAUGCAUGAACACAGCGGGGCCUUCGUCGGUACCGAAGCCGCCGGUCAUGGGCCGCAAGAGGCCCAUGGAGGUGUGGACGUUUAUGGAGAUAGUCUUCACAAUGAGAUAGGCAUCGAGAACCACGGAUGGUGA